AUGAAUACUAGAAUAGAUCCCAACUAUGAUCUCUUAAAGAAAGAGUUUUAUAAUCUAUCCAACUAUGCCACAAAUCUUUCUUUGUUUAUAAACGAUGUUUAUAUUAAUAAUAUUAAAGAUUCUUUACAGCCAAACCAUAACGAAUACAACAAUCUGAAAGUACAGAUAUUUAAUGAUGUCAAAUCGAUUUAUGAACACAAGGCAACUCUCAUUGAUCAGCCGGUAAUCAAUCUAAGAUUCUCAUUCAAUUACAUCCUCCAAGAACUCAGUACCAUUCACUUUGAAACUGCAACUGCAAUCCAACAACUUACAUUUUCAAAUCCAGUUGCAAAUCUAAAUCCAUCUGCAAACGUUCCAUUAAAUCAGAAUACAUUAAACAAACAACCAGCUGUUCAACAACAACAACCACCAGCUGUUCAAACACAACCAACUAUUCCAGUACAACCAACACCAGCACCACUAAAGAAGAGACCUAUUUCAACGUAUGGUGGUGGCGGUGGAAAUAACUUUGCAAAACCACCACCAAACCAACAACCACCAUCUCUCAACCAACAGAACCAACAACAACAACCACCACCAUUAAAUACACCACCUGUAUCAUCAUUAACAUCAAAUCCACUAUUUAAUAGACAACAACAACAAGGUGUGCCUUCACAAAAUUCAAAUGUAACACCGGUACCUACUACUACAGCACCACCCAGAGCAAGACCAGUCUCUGCUUAUCCAGGAAUGAUUCCACAACAACAAUUUAACAAUGCAACUACACCUCCACCAACAGCACAACCACUCAAAAAAGGACCAUUCUUCAAACCACCACCAGGUCAAGCUACUCCACAACCACCACCACCACAAGUAAAUGGUAACAGUUCAACACCUGUAUCCAACCAAAAUGUAUCAACACCACCACCAACUAAAUUCCCAGUUGUUGGUAUUCCUUUACCAUCACUUGCCAAACCAAUGCCUAACAACAACUAUAACAAUAGUAGUAAUAAUAAUGAAUCUCCUCCAGUGUUACCAGCAAGACCACAGAGAUCAAUGUCGGUAACCACACCUCCAUCUCAAAUGCAAACAAAUCAAUUCGUAUCUCCUCCAACUUCACCACCCCAUACUUACUCUCCCCCACUAUCCAACGCUCAACCACCAAUGAAAUCAUCAUAUAAUCAAGCAUUCCAACAAACACCACAACAUCAACCACAACAACAACCAUCAUAUGUUGCGAAUCAAUCAAUAGCACCACCAGCAAGAUCAACUACACCUCCACAACCACCACAGAUGACACCCCAAUACAACGCUUUUGCUAAGCCAAGCUCUAUUAUGUCAAUGUUCAGCCAACUUGGUGUUGGUCAAACAACCUAUCAAUAUCAAGUAAUAACAAAUCCUUAUGGCUAUCCUGAGACAACCAUAGAUGAAUUGAUGUUCAAUCAUGAACAACACAAAAAGAUGUGGCACAAGAGAUUCAUGAUGACCAGAGAAUACGUGAUAACACUUCGUUGUGUACGUGAUGUUAUAAAAGAGAUUGAAAGUGGACCGUACACUCAUAUCAAGCUAUUUGUAUGCGCACCAAUUUCAUUCCAAGGUCAAGAUAUCAAGGCGUGGUCAUAUAAAGUGGUUUGUCAUACAUCCGGUAGAGUAAUGGACCAACCAAAAUUGCUGCCAGCUCCAGGUUUACAUCCAAUCUACAUGAUCGACUAUGCCAAUACCACUGUAAAAGGAAAGUUCACUGUUUCCACAGUCACCGAUGUCGAUAUGUAUCGCAAUGCCCUAAAGGAAGUAGGUCCUGACGAUCACGUAGAAUACUAUCAGCUUAGUGACGAAGAGCGAUACUACUAUACACAACCGAAUGAACAGUGCAAUUUCAAUGAACCGGCAUUCACAGCAUUCAUUCAAGAGCAUCUAUUGUAUCCAAUACAAUUCCAAGAUGGAACCACUGAGAGUAUAAUAUGUUUCUGCUAUCGUGUAUCAUUGUUUAUCAAGAAGCAUAUUAGCUAUGAAAUCAACUCUGGUGGACAGAAACCGUUGGAAACCUUCAAAAAGAAAUUGGCCAACUGUGGAAGCUAUGCAGCACUUUUCACAAGUAUCACACGUUACCAUGGUAUUCCUACUAGAUCGUAUUCCGGUAUCUCAGUGUACCCAGAUAAGACAAGUCGUUCAUCGGAUGGCAGAGAAAUCGUUGAGUCAGGUCGACAUGCACAAACCGAAUUCUUCUAUGAAGGUCUUUGGAUACCCUAUUGUGGAUCGGUCAUCACCAAUGAUGUUUACAACUCAAAGGCAUUUGGAGAAACUGGUAUAUUAACAUUCGCACAAGAGUUGAAUGCACCAAAUGCACAUCUUGAAGGAAUAGAACAUUUUGGAAAGCAAUAUCCUCAUUCUCUCAUCUCUCCUGCAACCUCUUAUAAGAUGUCUGUAAAAGGCUGCAAAAUGAGUCCAAAUAUGGAAAAAAUUGAGACAAUAGAGAAAUUAAAUUAA